UUGUUGUUAAAGGAAGUGGCGAAAAAGUUGUGUAUACUAUUCGGUAGAGAAAAAGCCACCAUGAAAGAGCGAUAGGGCGUGUUUUGCAGUGAUACAACACAAAUAAUUGCUACUACUAAAAAAAAAAAGCAGUUGGUACGGUGAACAGCACUUCACCAGCUUUUGCUGAUGCUGCUCUGAGAGUCAAGCCUGACAAACCAACAGUCAUGGAGGAGAAUUUCGACCGAGCUCCCGGAGCAGGGAGGACCCGAAAUCUUCUAGCUGACCCCGGGCUUGUGGGUCCUGCCGGCGAUGGUGACGCCAGAACUGCGCUUUUCAACCAAAGGGAACCGCUGAGACAGCCGCGGACAUCCCCGCCUUUUAACGAGAACAACAUUAGCACUGUCAGCGACAUGACUUCUGGAGAUUUUAAAAGACAGAACAAACCGCAACAAAGUGCAAAUCCUAAUAGUGCAUCUGCUUCCAGCAAGUGGAAUGAAGUGGAUUCUAUUGUCAAAUCAUCACAGCUUUCAGCCAGUGCCCCAGAGUUUGUUCCUGCUGGAUUUAACCUGUAUGAAGAUCCCAAUUUCUAUAAUGACAGCGAAAGCUAUUACUGUGAACCAACCUUGGCUGACAUGGUCACAGACUUUCUUGGGAACCUUAGCUCCUCCCCAGGGUCCUUUGAAUCGGAUAUUGAAUACAUAACUGGUGUGCUCAAUUCCUGGGUUACUACUGAAGAGUUGUUACACGAGCUGGUGGAGCUGAUCUUCACACAGUCUACUGCCAUUCCAAACUUCUCUUACACGGGUGCCAGGCUCUGUAACCACCUGUCCCAUCACCUCACUAUCAGCCCACCAAGUGGCAACUUUCGCCAGCUGCUCCUGAAAAGAUGUCGAAUAGAGUUUGAACGGAGGGAUGCAGCUGUCCGAGGAGAUGCAGAGACUCAGAAGAAAUUCCACUCUUUUGUGCUCUUUCUGGGAGAGCUCUAUCUAAAUCUGGAGGUAAAGAGUGGAAAAGGACCUCCAAAUCGAGCAGAUAUCCUCCUUUCUGCCCUGAAUGAUCUGAUGAACACUCUGUUCAACCAUCCCGUGGACGCAAAUCUUAUCUGCGCUGUCAGACUGCUUAAGUUGACAGGCUCUGUCUUGGAUGAUGCAUGGAAAGAGAGUGGAAAACCACACAUGGAAGAACUCAUCCAAAGAAUAGAAACUAUUCUCCUGGAUGCCACCUGCAGCAGGGAUGUCAGACAGAUGCUUCUGAAACUAGUGGAGUUGAGAUCUAGUGACUGGGGCAGAGUCCGUGCAGCAGCAGCAGUGAGCAACGCCACUCCAGACAACGACCCUAAUUACUUCAUGAAUGAACCUACAUUCUACACAGAAGAUGGCACUCCUUUUACAGCAGCAGACCCAGAAUAUGCUGAGAAAUACCAAGAGAUGCUGGACAGGCAGGACUACUUCCAUGAUAUUUAUGGAGAAAAUGGAAAUGAAGUAUACGACGACUCUGAAGAUGAGAUGGAGCCUGAGAUAGAAGAGGCUUUUGAGAACUUUUGUUUAGAAUCAGAGAGGAAACGACAACAAUGACUCGAGAGUGAGAAUCUAUGAGACUCAUCAGACACGCACUCUCCUUUUCCCACUCAACUUGCUGGAAUGUUUAAAAGCAAAGGAAACUAGCAUAAGAUUAUAUAACACAGCAUUUAUUUUACUGCAAACAAGCAUUUUAACAAAAGCAGCUGUUCAUAGUUGCACUUCUGACACUUUUUCAGUCAGUGCUGAUUUAAAAAAUGGGGACAAUCAACAGGAUAAUUGUUUGGAAUACUAAGAUGUUUUUGGACGCGGAAGUUUUCUAUUAUUUUGAUUUCUUUCUGAAACUUGUCUUCUUUACGCCUAAACUAAAUGCCAAGAGGGAAAUAGUUUGCUGUGAAUUCUUUUAGCGUUCUUUUAUGAAAGGCAGAUUUCAUCACGUUAGCAGAGUUUGUCAAGUAGUAAUUAGCGCCCCAUGCGUAAACUGAAGGCCAAUCAAAUCAUUCAUCAGAUUCAAAAUCUUGAUGUAAAAUGCAUUGCAGAUGGGUGAGGUUGUUGUGUUACUACAUGCGUGUAUACAGUGCAGAUACAGCCUUUCUCUCUAGUGUUGUUAACUCGUCUCCUGUCAUGUUGCCAAUAUUAAACACCAGUCAAGACUGUUUAGCUGUUAACCAGACUGCAGUCAAUACAAAUGGUCAGGAACUCUUGCAGACGGUGCAGGAAAACGCGCAAUAUUUUCUAUUUAGUCACGAACUGGAAAUGUGAAUACAGACAAAACCCCUUUUUUAAAAGCUCUUUCUGUGUUUGAAGUCAGCAUUUUUAAGAAGGUUUAUGUUUUAAGCAUAUUAUCAAAAAUUCAGUUCAUUUCCUGAAUGUAGCUUUGAACAUCUAUGCGUUUUGCAGUCAGCGUGAUAUGACUCAGCUGCAAAAGGAUUCAUUCUUAUCCAAGACAGAAAGACUGUUUACCAGCAAUCCAUGGAACCCGUAAGGAAUGUUGUUUAAUAGUUUGUAAAUAUUAUUUAUGGUAUUGUUUGCUUGCAAUAAAUUCUUUAUAAUGUGA